UUUUUUUUAAAGUUUAUUUAAUUUAAAUAAGAUCUUAAUGCCAGAUCAGCCUGUUUUUUGGAUCAUGCAUCAUGCCAUAAGUCAUUAGAAAAGCCACAGAUAUAUAAUUUUCUGGUUAAGAAAAAUUAGAGGGUUGAUAAAUAUUUAGCAAUUAGUAGAUUAGAUUUUAAAAUUGUGUAUCCAAAAAAGUAAACAGAAAAACAUUAAGUUUUUUAGAUUAAAUAAUACCUAUGAAUUUGAGUUAAUUACCGUUCCUAGUAGUCUCCCCACUCUAAAAACCUUUCUGAUUUGGCAAGUUAUGCCACGAGAAUAAACACUGGCUUUGUGCACAGUGUUAGCAAGAAGUCACAUGGUGGCUUUCUAAAUUAACAAGAAGGAAUUAGACUGCAUUUGUUUCACAUUAACAUCUGGGAAGGGUUGUUCUUGGUUUCAGUGAUAUGUGGAUGAAGGAAUUUAUUUUUUUCCAACCUUUCUUUUGUUUUAUCUCUAUCGCAACUUUAUAAGGAAUAGAGAGCAGCUGAUAGUUAAGUUGCCAGUUUCUGCCUGCUAAUGACCUCAGUUGAGGUUGUUUGGAGAAUCUACAUUCCAGGAGAGUCUGGGAUCUUCUUUCUUAAAAGCUCUCAUUGAUUUCAGUAUUCGUGCUACUGCAAUAAAAAUAGCAGCUGGAGGCAAGGCUAAACCAAGAGAGAGAGAAGAGACUAUUCAUAUUAGCGUUAACUUACCCGUCCUGGUCAAACAGAUGAGUGCUUAUUUAGAUCAGCAGCUACAGAUUUCAGUUACGGCAGCCUUUCUGCUAAAGGAAGCAACUCUAUUACCUACACCUCUCCCCCACCCCCGGUAAUGACAGCUGAGGAUGCCAGGCCCCUGGAGAAUAUUCCGCAAUAAGAGAUCCAAAACUAAGAAUGGAAACACCGAAAUGGACAAUAUGGCAGACACAAGUGACAAAAUGCAGAUGAAAAAAGAAAUCACAUUACUAAAUGGAAUUUCCUUGAUUGUAGGGAACAUGAUUGGCUCUGGGAUAUUCGUAUCACCCAGAGGUGUUUUAAUGUACAGCGCUUCCUACGGACUCUCCCUAGUCAUCUGGGCACUUGGUGGGAUGUUUUCGCUGUUUGGAGCUUUAUGUUACGCUGAAUUGGGAACAUCCAUCAUUAAAUCUGGAGGCAGUUACGCCUAUAUCCUGGAAGCAUUUGGUGCCUUUGUGGCCUUCAUCAGACUGUGGUCUUCCUUGCUCAUUAUCGAGCCGACAACCCAGGCAGUGAUAGCAAUCACGUUUGCUAACUAUAUUGUUCAACCAAUUUUUCCUCAUUGUGAGCCACCGUACGAUGCAGUCAGGUUGAUUGCAGCUGCUUGUAUUUGUUCCUUAACAUUUAUUAAUUGUGUUAACGUGAAGUGGGGAACCCGUGUACAAGAUGUCUUCACAUAUGCAAAAGUUAUGGCUCUUAUCUUGGUGAUAUCUGUUGGCCUUUACAAAAUUGGUAAAGGGGAAACAGAAAACCUGAGAGCUCCGUUUGAGGGCUCAGCAACAAGCCCAGGGAUGAUUGCUCUGGCUCUCUACUCUGCCCUUUUCUCCUACUCGGGAUGGGACACGCUCAACUACGUCACCGAGGAAAUGCAGAACCCCCAGAGGAAUCUACCUCUUUCUAUUGCCAUUUCAAUGCCUAUUGUGACUAUUAUUUACUUACUGACUAAUAUAGCAUACUACAUAGUGCUGGACAUGUCAGCUCUCCUCACAAGUGAUGCAGUGGCUGUGACAUUUGGCAGUGAAACCCUUAGUUACGCUAAGUGGAUAAUUCCUAUAGCAGUGGCCAUGUCUUGUUAUAGUGGCUUAAACUCAUCAAUAAUUGCAGCAUCUAGGCUUUUUUACGUUGGAGCCAGGGAAGGACACCUCCCUGACAGUCUGAGCCUGAUCCACGUAAAGCGCUUCACCCCGGUCCCUGCUCUCCUCUUCAAUGGCUUAAUGACUUUGCUUUAUCUCCUGGUGGAAGAUGUUUUCCUCCUCAUUAAUUACUACUGCUUCAACUACUGGCUCUUUGUGGGUCUGUCUAUUGCAGGACUGAUAUAUUUGAGAUAUAGUCAGCCACACAGACCACGGCCUAUUAAACUUAACCUCUUCUUCCCUAUAGUAUACUGUUUAUGUUCCCUUUUCCUGGUCAUAGUUCCUCUCUACAGCGACACAAUCAAUUCCCUUAUUGGUAUUGGUAUUGCCCUCUCAGGCGUUCCUGCAUAUUAUUUGGGUGUCUAUCUGCCUGUUGAAAAACGACCAAAAUGUCUACAGUGGCUCUCCGCUACAACAACAAAAUACGUUCAGAUGCUCUUCUACUGUGCUCUGUCAGACCUGGACAUAGAAAUGGAACCUACAGCAGCCAAAAGUCAAUAGAGUCGCCUUGACAUGGAGAGUUGUGCCUUGAUAUUUCCCAUCUGGAGCAAUUUUUGUCAUCUGAAGUUCCCCUCACAUGUUCAGUUGUACUAAAGCAGUAACCACUGUACUAUGCAUCAGUUUGAUGUCUGUUAAUUUGUGGCCCUUUUAUAAACCCUUCUGUUUUACAGUAUUUUUUAAUUUUUAAAAAAAAUUAUCUUAAAAAAAUAUUUUUUUAAUUUUUUUUUAAAUUGUUAAUAGUGAGUUAUCACGUAACUUUGAAACUAUAAAGCGUUGUAUGAACAAACAUUUAUUAGUAGAUAAGUGCUAAAUAUUACAUUAAUUGCAAAAUUGUAAUAAAGAGCAUUAGGUCUAGUCACAAUCCUAAGAAAUAAAUUGAUACAUUUAACAAAAGUCAGAGCAGAUAUUUGCAAGGUUCAAAGCCUAAACUGGGAAGUAGAAGCCACAGUGUACUUCUAAAAAUGUAACUAAAUUCUUAGCAAAAAUAAAAACUAUAUAAUUGAAACUGGUAGAUGUGCUUUGAGUCAAUGUAGUGUUAGUGGUAAACUAUUCUAAUGCAUAAUUCCUGGCAUACAUACUGUACCAAAAGGAGAAAACAAAAGGUUUUGGUCAUUUAAAUUCUGUUAGAAAUUCUUCUUUUACAAUAUCCCACAUUUAUUACCCUUUUGCAGAAGAGGUAUUUUCAACAAACAAAUUAAAGCAUCGUAAACGAAGUACUUUUGCUUUCCGGAAUGACCUGCAGGGCUGGAGCACUGCAAGGGACUGUGUCCCCUUCCAGCCAGAACAUAUUCAGGGAAAACACUUCACCUUCUCAUAGUGUCCAUUGCUUGCCUAGAAAUACCAAAAGUGGGACCCCGUGAAUCAUACUGAUUUUUUCCAUGGUGGAAUUUGUUUAAGGCAUUCACAAGGAGAAGUGAAAAACCAUUGAUUUUGUAAAAUCCCUUGAGACCCUUCCCAGCCCUUCAGGCUCACCAGUUCCUGUGGGCCAGGUGACCUGCAGGUCUUCUACUGAGCACGCAGAGAGCCUCCAGCACCGGCUGCCAGCUCUUCAAUGCCAUGUUGGAGCCCGUUGCACAACGCCCAACACAGGCACAUCAGGUUUGAACACAAAGAAGUUUUUCAACGUGCAACUAGUCCUAAUUCUCUGUCUCCUGAAACGGAGGGGGCAGUAACUGUCAUUAAAAAAUUGCCAUCAGCCUUGCAACCUAGACCACAAAAAACAGCUGCUCCAGCUCCACUGUGGUUUGUUGAUGUGAUGAAGUCCCAUUUGUUAUCCUUGUUAGGAAGUCGUGCUUCCUUUCUGUAAUUAUAUUUGAAUAUAACAUACAUUGUUUGGAAUUUGAGUUUCAUUAUUCCCGUUCAAUUAACCCCAAUUAAGGUGAUUUAAUCGUAUACCAGUCCCUGUGGCUCCUAGCAUUAUUGUCUUUUAUUGAUGUCUCCCCAGCGAAAGAGCAGUGGCACAGGGAAGAAGGCAAUCAUUGCUCCUUAAACCUCUCUCCAUUCCCUCCUGGCAUUGUAAGGUCAUUUGCAAGAUGAUAAUUUCAAGCAUCUCCAACACAAUGUUUGCUGAUGGGGCAUCCCGUGAAACCUUUCAUUUGCAUUUCAAUGCCAUCUGCUGUGGCAGUUCCCUUUCAGCCGGGUUUUCUUUCGAUACAAAGUAUGAACAAUAAAAAUGCACUAAAUUAAGGUAAA